AUGGGGUUUAAAACAUAUAUUCGCCCAGUUAUAUGUGUAGAUGGAACCUUCUUGACUACUCGGUGUGGAGGUACUUUGUUAUGUGCCAUGGGACAAGAUGCUAACAAGCAAAUAUAUCCAAUUGCAUUUUCAGUAGUUGACUCAGAGAAUAAUGACUCAUGGUUGUAUUUUCUACUGAGGUUGAAGGAAGCGAUUGGUGAAGUGGAGAAUCUAGUAUUCGUGUCUGAUAAACAUACUAGUAUAGCAAGUGCCUUGACUAAAAAUUUUCCUAAGGCACACCACGGUGCUUGUAUACAUCAUGUUAGCAUGAAUAUCCGUGCGAAGUUCAAAACUGACCAUUGCCAUGAAGAAUUCUUCCUUGCAGCGAAAGCUUAUAGAAAGCGAGAGCUUUUACGCCAUUUUGAGAAGAUUAAAUUCAAAGAUCUUGCAAUUGCUCAAUACUUAGAGAAUCAAGUGGGUUUUGAAAAGUGGGCUCGUUCUUUCUUUCCUGGUCAUCGAUAUAAUUUAAUGACUACAGGUAUUGCCGAAAGCUGGAACAAUGUCAUUGCUGAGGCACGUGGGUGGCCAAUUACUUGUCUCAUGGAAUUUAUGAGGCACACUUUACAAAAAUGGUUUUUCGAGCGUCGAACUGCAGCAUCAGCGGCUACAAGUCCUCUUGCCACAGAAGUGGAAGCUGAUUUGCGAAAGUUAGCAGACAAGUCCACUACCUCGUUCUCUUUUCCGUCUAGUCAGUAUGAAAUAACAGUAUUGGAUGGUGAUCUUGAUGGAGAUGUCGACCUGAGGAGGAAAACAUGUAUUUGUAGAAGAUUUGAUUUGACAGGUCUUCCUUGUGAACACGCUCUAGCUGGUGCUCGAGAUCGUGGCAUUAGUCCAUAUAGUUUAUGCUCCAAAUUCUACACAGUUGAAGCGUGGUUGUCAUCCUAUGGUGGAUCUGUAUAUACGCUGGGUAAUGAAGAAUCUUGGGUGAUACCAAAUGACAUAGGAAGUAUGAUGAUAGCUCCUCCUUUAGUGAAGCAGAAGGCUGGUCGUCCAAAGAAGAAACGACAUUUAUCAAAGGGUGAGAAGAAUAGCAAGCAACAUAGAUGUAGUAAAUGUGGUGUCCUGGGCCACGAUCGAGUGACGUGCACCACUGUUUGUCCCCCGCCAUCUAGACAUGCUUAG